CACCGCGCCAGAGCGACGCUUCUGUUUGGUCCACGCCACUUCUCGGUUCGUUUCGGGCUCAGUCUUGUCGUGGAUUUUGUCGCGUAGUAAUCGUUAGCAAGAGUGAAUUGUUUAUUUAUUUUAUUACUAGCAGCAUCAGCAAAAGCUAGAUUGUGUGAUUUACCGGGAACGUAAAACCGAAAAUAUUUUGGCUUAAGUGAAAUAACAUUCGUUUGGUGCAGACAAAUCAAGAAACCACAAUGGAUCGCAACUUUCAAAGCGAAACCGGACCGAUGGAGCUCUCACAAACGCAACAAUAUAACACGUAUCAGGUCGCGUUGCGGCUAGGAAGGAAGAUAAUCAAUUUAUUCUCGUGUCGGAUGGAGGUAAACAUGUUAACAAUCUUUAUGAUAUGCGCUCUUGCGGGUGGAGCAGCUGCUGGAUACGCUAGCAGCCAAUACGCUGGAGCUGGUACGUCAACUGGUCUCUACAAUCAGAUUAGCCCCAACGGCUAUGCUGACAAGUACCCCUAUACCAAUACAGGUUUCAACGGGGGUUUCGCAUCCAACUAUGUCGGCGCGAACGGAGCGGGUGCGGCCGUUGGAACUGGUGCUUUUACGCCAGGUUUUGCACCCUUCCAACCGGUGCCAGCUUUCCCGAAUGCCUUCGAUUUCAACGGCUUCUUCCAGGGAUUGCAGUCCAACUUCGCUAACGCAGCGGCUGCUCAGACUCAGACUUUCACCACCCGAGGAGCAACGGCAACUGCAUCAGCCUCGCAGUACGGACAGUAUCCGUCUCAGCAACGCGAACAUCAGACUCAGGAGUUGCCGCAACCGGGUCAGAGAUAUCAAACUAAUAAUCUUUAUUCUCACCAAAACUACGAUGGCUAUAAUAACUUCUACGAUGUGAAUAACCUGUAUCAGCAGCAAUUGGCACAUCAGAAUGCUCUCUUCAAUAGCAUCCGUCAACAGCAGGCCGCUUUUGCGGCCAACGCAAACAAUGCAAACUAUGGCGGUGGUGCAGGCUAUGCCGGAUCCUCGGCAUCCUACGGUCCGUCGGGAUUCCAUCAGACGGCGCAUAUUUUCCCCGAAAAUCCGUCUUCUCCCAAUAUAAACACGCGUUUCGGAAGUGACACCCCACCUGGUGGACCUGGAUUUGUCGGUGUGUCCAGUUUUUCGUCUUCUUCGAAUAUCAACGGACAGUCACACCGUGAGGCAGCAACUUCCGUGAACGAUAACGGAAAGGUCACAACCUAUCAUGUCCGUUCGUAAAUUCGACGGUUGAAUGGAUAAAUUCAUCGUCGGGGGAUAAUGUGGUAACAAUGAUCUUAUCGGAAUGAAUCGCGACAGUAUAGCGGUGAACGGCGCAUCGGUUAUGAUGGAGAAAGUGCUUUGUAGAAAAUACAUACAAUAAAAUAUAGGAUGAGUAUCUCUGGGUACUCAUACGAUAAACAA